AUGCACUUGACAGCUCUUCUCGUCGUCGGAGCAGUCCCAGCAAUGGCUGCGGCCCUCACCCGCCGCGCUGUUAACUGCGACUUCUCCACCACUGCUGAUGCCGGGGCUACAUGCUCAAGCUUUGCCAGCAGCUGGGGACUCUCGGUCGACAAUCUGCAGCAGCUAAACCCUGGAAUUACCUGCCUCAAUCUCGAUACCGGCAAGUCGUACUGCGUGAUUGGCACCGUCACAGAUGAGCCCUCAAGCACCACAUCCACAACGACAACAACUACGACCAAGGCUUCAACUACCACAACUACCACCAAGGCUUCGACCACCACGGACACUGCCCCGAGCAACUCACCCACUAUGCCCGGCAUCGCAGCCAACUGUGAUGGUUUCUACAAGGUCUCAUCCGGCGACCAGUGUAACACCAUUGCUGCGAAGUACAGUAUAAGUGAAGCCCAGUUCAGGAGCUGGAACAGCCAGGUCGACGCCACAUGCUCAAACCUUUGGCUGGACUACUACGUCUGCGUGCAUGUUCCCGGCGCAACCACCACCUCGGCACCCCAGCCAACCGCUGAGCCCACGGGCCCCACGCCCCAGAUGCCUGGGAUUGUCAGCAACUGCAAGACUUACCAUCUGAUCAAGGGCGGUGACAGCUGCUAUACGAUCGACACGGCUGCGAAGAUCACAUUGGCGCAGUUCCGUGCUUGGAACACCUACGUUGACGCGGCGUGCAGCAACCUGUGGCUGGGAUACUAUGUCUGUAUUGGUGUCUAA